AUGUUUAAAUUUAUCAUUUGUUACUUUUUGGUUCUGUUUUCUGAUAUGAAAGCUGAACAAAGCGAAUUUAAACUGGAUGGAAGAGCUGGCUUAAGGCGAGGAGUUUAUUUCCAAGAAAAAAAGGUAUCGUAUGGCAACUUUGCAGCUGACAAGUUCCAUCGUCUUCAGGUAUCAGUUGGUUUAUCGAUUGUCGUGAGCAACUACAGAGAGUGUGUUAUCAAUUGUGUGGAAAAUCCGACAUGUUCUUCGUUAAACGUCGCCUCGUCUCCAAAUUCAGAAGGAAAUCUUCGAUGUGAGCUGUUAAAUGAAGAUAGAUACUCUGCAAGUCCAGGGAAACUUAUCAGUUCACAGGAAUAUCAUCAUUACAGCAUCAAGGUAUUUAUUGAAUGACCAAAUAAUUUUAACACACUCUCUAUUUGACAGAAACGAGUGCAGAAAAUAGUUGUCCAAGACAAUUCGUUAUGUCAUCGACUGUUAUCAGGAUGAUAAAAAAAAGACUAAGAAUCGCUCUGUUAAUCAGUAAGUUUCCAAAGUGCUACACCUUUCCAAAACGCAAACUUUAUGACGAAGGUUCUACGGAAAAAACAGAUACAUCUUUUUAAUACACUAAGGAUGACUUUGGGCCGCUGUUGUUACAAUUAUGUUUACUUGAAGAGAAAAUGAUAUGCAGAAGUGUUUACUAGGAAACAUCACCUUUGCCUUACCUCAUUGUAGCAAUUAAAAAAAAGGUACUUUUUAAUUCGGCUCUACGCAGGUUAUUAGCUUAAUUACGCGUGGCAAGAUGUACAUCAAGAACAAUACCAUCUUAUUAAAAAGUUUACAUGAAUCGUUUCAACUUUUACCGUUUAUCAAUCACAUUCCUAAAGUAAAGUUUCAGAGCUUCAUUCAGCAUUUUUUCAAGAUUUCAAUCUGCCUGUGUAUAAUCUGUCGAUCAUAAUUGAAGAAGUUUGUUGGACAUUUAUCACGAAGAUAACAGAGGUCCUUAUACUCUUAAUUUUUAUAAUUUCGACUCAGUCAUUAAAGAUCGGUUACAUCAGUAACCCCGCAGAACAAUUCAACAACCUGCAACCAGUCGUUAAAUAGCUGGAUAUUAUUAUUUUUUUAAUGACUUCAAGACCGUAGAAAAAAUAAAAAGUUUUGCUCCUUCUUAUGAUGAUUUUGAUAAAGUAGAUAUGAAUAAUAUUUGCAUGAGUAACAUAUAUAGGAAACCAAAUCUAUCUUUUCUCUUUGAACAUGUAAUGAAUGUGACACUAGAAAAGUGCGUUUAAAAGGAAUGCAUUUUUGAAAGAACAUUUUAUGGGAUUUUUCUUAUUUUCAUCCCAACUUACUCGCUCAUCUGACAUGAAAUGUAACCUCCUCAGCUGUAUAGUUAAUAAAUCAAGAGAGAAGGCGAAAGUGCGUGUAUUGAUGGAAGAAAGACUGAAUUGAUUGUAGUAUUGCAAAUGUUUCAUACAUAACCUCAGGUUAGUUGAUGGAGUCCUGCAAGGUUUUGAAAGGGUCGAACAAAUUACGUGCGUUCAAGCUUCAAAGCAAAACCGACACACAACAGUCUUUCAAUUAAAAUCCAAAGCACUCAAAAAAUCAAUUUACGUUAAUUUGAAAAGGGAAAAAUUGAACUUUACACGAAAUUUAAGAAUCAAACAAAUCGAAAGAUUGGUUGAUCCAAGAGUACAUAAAAACGUACUUAGACCUGCAGCAAAAACUAAAAAAUUAAAAUCACUAAAAUACAACACAUCAAAUGAUGAUAAUAAGGAUAAUGAUAAUGAUAAAAAACGAUGAUAAUAAUGACAGUAAAAUAAAAAAUGAAAAUGGUAUUACUGUUUACAUGGAUAUAAAUAUUGUAGUAACACUAGGGCUAGUCCAGCGACAAAAAUUGACCAUCCAGUAAUUGUUAAUAAGGUAACUGACGUUUUAUUUACAGACACCUUGUUCUAGUUUCCCGUGUCAAAACAAUGCAACUUGUGUUCCAAGUUACGAUGAAAACAGUUACCGCUGUAAUUGUAAACCGGGUUACACAGGAAAAUAUUGCGAAACUGGUGAGUUAUUCGUUUAAUAUAAAUUGGACCAUGUUCGUUAAUUACAAAUUUUUAAGUAAUGUCAUUCGGUGUUGAAAACUGCAAACGCUUGUCCAUUUAACGCCAUUAAAAUGCUCUGAAUAUUUAGGAAGAACAAGAAAUUCAUAUAAAACAUUUUUUGUAGAUAUCAGCGUAUGUUCCAUGGCCAGUGAUCCCUGUUUAAAUGGAGGGACGUGUGUUGCUGAGGCUCUUGGACAUCCGCUUUGUAAUUGUCGGCCUGGAUACGGAGGAAACCUCUGCCAGACUGGUGCGUAUGUCACUUCUCUAUAAUGUUGCUCAGCUUGCUGACUUCAACUGAUCUUUAAAUAAAGACCCAGUGGGGUUUUCUUUGAAUUUAUCCUGACACAAUCUAUCAGGAUUUGUUGAAAUCAAAGAAGUAUCCUUUUUUUUCCUCCUCGCGCACAUCAACGAAUGUGAAAGUAACCCCUGAGUAAACGGAAGGCGUCUGUUGAUCAGGAUAAUGAAUACAUAUGUAACUGUAAGCUCAUGCAAUAAAUUGACACGAGACAUUUUUCUUUCUUGUAGACAUCAAUGA